AUGGAGAUCCCACCCGGUUUCCGCUAUCUCCUGCGCCACUUACCCUCCUUUCUCGCACCUUCCGUUGGCGCCUACUUUGCCCUCAACGCGCUAAACGACUUCGCGGGCUUCAGCGUUCCCCAGUGGCUCAUUAUUACCUCUACGGUUCUCGCAAAGCCGGUCCUCUUGAUUGUGCAGAUCAAGUAUGCCGACUUCAGGGAUAACCGCCGUGCUGCCGCCCAUGGCGCUGUCCGCCCACCUGUCGUGAAAGACUCGCCUAUGACUGUCAUACAGAAAAGUAUCAAGUCCUUUACAACGGGAUAUCCGGCUGAGAAUUUCCUGGAGUGGGCCCAACAGUAUGGGAAUACCUACAUGUUCAAUCUGUUCACGUCGAGCCCUUUUGUCACUCUUGAGCCUGACCACGUCAAGGCCAUUCUAGCGACCCAAUUCGACUCCUUUGUGAAAGGGCCAAGGUUCCUUUUGCAAGCGAACUCUCUCCUCGGAUCAGGCGUUUUUAAUGCAGAUGGCGAAUUGUGGAAAUUUCAUCGAUCCAUGACCCGACCAUUCUUCACCCGAGAACGGAUCAGCGACUUUGAGAUCUACGACAGAAAUUGUGACAUCUCUCUUCGCCAAGCAAGAACUCGGCUUAAAGAAGGGUAUCCAGUUGAGUUCCAGGAUCUCGUCUCUCGCUUUACCCUCGAUUCCGCCACUGAGUUCCUGUUCGGCCAAAGCGUCGGCUCCCUUUCUGCUGGUAUCUCGUACCCCGCAUGUGCAGCACAUAAGACCCCCGAUUCGUUCUACUCCCAUCCUUCCAGAGUAUUCGUCGGUGCGUUUGCCGAGAGCCAACAUUUGACGUCCAUGCGCUUUGGAAUGGGAGACGAGUGGCAAAUGGCUGAGUUCCUUGGGGAUAAGAUCAAACCGCUCCGGAAGGUCAUCGACGAGUUCACGAAGCCUCUUAUGAAAGCUGCGCUCGAAAAGCGAGAGAAGGAUUUGCGUGAGAAGGCUGACGAAAAGAACAUAGAGGAAGAUAACUUGCUCGCGCACCUGGUUAAGCAUACCCAAGACGAGAAAAUCCUGAAGGACGAGCUUGUCAAUCUCCUCGUUGCUGGUCGGGAUACUACCAUGACACUCUUGACCUUUUCGGUGUACAUGCUCAGUCAGCAUCCGGACAUUGAGCAUCGUCUUCGCCAAGAAGUGUUCGAAAAAGUCGGUAUCACAUCCGCGCCUACCUACGAGAACAUGCGCGAAAUGAAGUAUGUCAGAGCGUUCCUCAAUGAGGUUCUCCGGUUAUACCCUCCUGUUCCCGUCGAUGCAAGGACUACCAACAAGGAAGUGAUUCUACAUGCGAAGAAGCCUGGCCAAAGCCCCAUUUACAUUCCUGAAAACACUAACUGUAUAUAUUCCGUCAUGUACAUGCAUCGCAGGACCGACCUUUGGGGCCCCGAUGCUCUCACAUUCGAUCCGGAUCGCUUCCUCGACGAACGGCUCAAUAAGUACCUGACUCCGAAUCCAUUUAUAUUCUGCCCCUUCAACGCAGGACCACGGAUAUGCCUCGGCCAACAGUUCGCGUACCACGAGGCGACUUUCUACCUCGUCCGGCUUCUUCAGAACUUUAAGGACUUUAAACUUGAUGAAACGUCCAACAUCAAGCCACCUGCGGAAUGGAGCACGAGGGACUCGCUCACCCAAGCUGAGAAGAUCCACCCUAGUUCGCAUCUUACGUUGUACGUUAAGGGUGGGUUGUGGGUGACGAUGAAGGAACUGAAUAGCUCGGAGGUCUAA